CACACUCCUAUGUACUUUUUCCUAGGCAAAGAACACAUGCUUUUUAAAGGAUUGCAGCAACCAACCUUGCUGAGAGCAGACAAUGGGUAAACAGAGAAAUUGUCUGCAGCCAGUUAUUGACAGAUAUUCUCCAACAUCAUGAUGGAAAACAGGACAGAAGUGACACAGUUCAUCCUGCUGGGACUCACUGAUGACCCAGGCCUGCAGGUUCCCCUCUUUAUCACCUUCCUCCUCAUCUACACCAUCACCCUGGUUGGGAACCUGGGGAUGAUCCUGCUGAUUCUCUUGGACUCUCGGCUCCACACUCCCAUGUACUUUUUCCUAUGUAACCUGUCUCUGGUGGACUUUUGUUAUUCUUCAGCUGUCACUCCAAAAGUGAUUUCUGGGUUUCUUAUCGGAGACAAGAUCAUGUCCUACAAUGACUGUGCUGCUCAAAUAUUCUUCUUUGCAGCCUUUAUUACUGUGGAAAACUACCUGUUGGCCUCAAUGGCCUAUGACCGCUAUGUUGCAGUGUGUAAGCCCCUGCACUACACCACCACUAUGACAACCAGUGUCUGUUCAUGGUUAAUUAUUGGCUCAUAUGUCAUUGGUUUCCUGAAUGCCUCUAUUCACAUUGGGGACACAUUCAGUCUCUCUUUCUGUAAGUCCAAUGUGGUCCAUCACUUUUUCUGUGACAUUCCAGCAGUCAUGGUUCUCUCUUGCUCUGAUAGACAUGCUAGUGAGCUGGUUCUUGUUUAUAUAGUGAGCUUCCAUAUAUUUUUUGCCUUUGUAGUUAUCUGGAUAUCCUAUGUGUUCAUUUUUAUCACCAUCUUAAAGAUGCAGUCGGCUGCAGGACAUCACAAGGCCAUAUCCACCUGCGCCUCCCACUUCACUGCUGUCUCUAUUUUCUAUGGGACUAGUAUUUUUAUGUAUGUACAGCCCAGCUCCAGUCACUCCAUGGACACAGACAAAAUCGCAUCUGUUUUCUACACCAUGGUCAUCCCCAUGCUGAACCCUCUAGUCUAUAGCCUGAGGAACAAAGAGGUCAAGAGUGCAUUCAUCAAGAUUGUUUUGGAGGAAAAAUGA